AAAAAAUGAAGAAGAAGAAGAAGAAAAGUAGUUAUAACGCAGACGUAUGACUUCAGCGGAAGCAUAUACCAUCGAUGAACAACCGCGUAGCUCACGGAGGAGUGAGUGAGUGCUGGAUGCUGCACUGAACGAUUAACGUUGAUCCAAAAUUUCUCACCCUGCACUCACAUGAUCACAUGAUAAUACAUGUACUGAAUCCAAAUGGCGUCCAGAGCAUUAUAUUCGUCUAGCCAUUGGAUGCUUAAGAAAAGAGAUGAUUUUAAAGACACUCUGGAAGAGAGGCGGAGCUCCAGUGAUCUGAGAUAUGCCCUGAGAUGUUACACCCCCACACUCUAUAAAGGACUAGUGCCCUGCAAAGCAAGCAUACUCAAAACCAUCGUUCUGCAGUCGGACCACCUGCAGUAUGUAAUCAAACAGGUUUCAUCAGAAGCAGGGGACAGCAUUGAGUCUGUAACUGAGGAAGCUUCUCUUAUUCUGGAUGAGAUGGCUCACCGCCUGCAACUCAGCACCAUCCGCUUCUUCGCCUUUACACUUAGCAAAGUCUUUAAGAGACUCUUCCGCAGUGUGUGUGUCAAUGAGGAGGGUAUCCAGAGACUCCAGCAGGCUGUACAUGAUCACCCAGUGAUUCUUCUGCCCAGUCACCGUAGUUACAUGGACUUCCUGAUGAUGUCAUACUUGCUCUACAUGUAUGAUCUUCCCCUGCCUGUUAUUGCAGCUGGAAUGGAUUUUAUGAGUAUGAAGUUUAUCGGUGAGAUGCUGCGGAUGUCAGGAGCGUUUUUCAUCCGCCGGUCAUUUGGAGGAGAUAAACUUUACUGGGCUGUGUUCUCGGAGUACGUGAAGACCAUGCUGAGAAAUGGAUAUGCCCCAAUUGAGUUCUUCUUGGAAGGAACAAGAAGCAGAACAUGCAAAUCGCUCGCACCAAAGACAGGGCUGUUGAACAUUGUGAUGGAGCCUUUUUUUAAAGGAGAGCUAUUUGACAUCAACCUGGUUCCUGUCAGCAUCAGCUAUGAGAGAAUUUUAGAAGAAUCUCUGUAUGCCCGUGAGCUGCUCGGCGUCCCAAAGCCCAAAGAGUCGACCUCGGGUCUUUUGAAGGCCCGGCGGGUCUUGAGUGAGGACUAUGGCAGCAUGCAUGUGUACUUUGGUCAUCCUGUAUCAGUCCGCAGUCUGGCAGAGGGAAAAAUAAUCCGAUCUCAGUAUAACCUGCUGUCCAGGCACAUUCCUCAGAAACCCAGCACUGACACUCAAACGUUUCUGAAUGAUGCUGCAUUCCGUCUGGUGCGCAUACAGGAGGAGAACAUGGUUCUAAAGCCCUGGGUCCUCAUCGCCACACUGCUUCUACAGAACCCUGAUGGACUGGACCGCUGCUCUCUCACAGAACAGACAGACUGGCUCAGAUACCUGGCGCUGUCGCUUGGAGCAUUUUUGGACUGGCCUGAUCAAGAGUCCUGCAGUGAAGUGAUAAGCUGUAGUUUAGAUCUGCACAGACACCUGUUGAGUGUGUCUGGAGGGCAUGUGCAGUUGAACGUCACUGAAACCCCAAAGGUUGAUACCACACCAGAGGAAGCUGUGUUUCACCGAGCGGUCGUUGUGCUCUCCUGCGCCACUUACAGAAACCAGAUCCUGCAUGUGUUUCUGAGACCAGCUUUAUUAGCGGUGGCCAUGCAAAGUUCAAACUCCUGCAGAAAAGAUGACGUCUACAACCGUUUCAACUUCCUGAGGAACAUGUUCUCCAAUGAAUUUAUUCUUUGCCCUGGGGACUCUGCUCAGGACUUUGAAGAGGCUUGUUAUUUGCUGGUGAAGCGUGGAGUGUUACAGGUGUUGGAGCAUGAGAUUGUGAUGUCAGUGAGCAGUCACAGCACCUUUUUGUUUCUGUGUGCCGUUCUGGACCCCUUUCUGCAAGGAUACCAGGUGGUGUUUAGAUUUCUAUGUGAGGAGGCAAAUGAGAACCUGACGGAGGAGGAGUUUAUUCCUGCUGUGAGGACCUUUGCACUGAAACUCAUAUUAGCAGGGCAUCUGAAGUGUUAUGAAGUGUUAUCCUCAGACCUACAAAAGAAUGCUCUAGCAGCUCUACUGAAGCUCAAAGUUGUGAGGAAAGUCAAAGAAGAUCAGGUGAUUUUGAAGGUGAACAAGACCGCUGUAAACUCGUUGGUGGAUAUGCUGGGAGGUAAAAUUCCUACCCAGAAGCCGGUCCUCGCUCGUCUAUAAAAAAAACAAUUCUCUGGUCUCUGGAGGGCCAAGCCAAACUAAAUGCCUUCAUUAACAAAAUGCCAAAUUAACAAGGCUUUGCAGCCUACUAAGGAUACCUGUCAUCGAGCUGCAAAGGGAUGUUACGGGCUUGCCAUCUGGGACUCCCAGAUGGGGAGCCGGGUCUCCCACCAUGCUAGAAGCUCACUUUUUUAAUCUCUCUCUUCAAACUUGACAGCAUGUUGCCAUGUCUGUGAUCAGUCUCCAAGCUUUGUGUUCAUCAGUCAGUGAAUUUACUUAAAAUUUUACUUUUAAACUGGUCUGAUGUUGCCAAGUUUAUGACCUUUUUCUUUCCUAUUUUGGUAAUUUUUGGGUGUUUAUUUUCUGUGUUAGCACAAACAAGUCUUUGAUCUAAAAUGCUGUUUCUGUUUGUUCCCAUGAAUUUGUGUUGGGUCUGUUUAUCGAUUUGUGUGGGGAUCUAAUUUUGCCUUGCCUUAUUUGAAUUAUUCUCAUUUUGCACACCAUUUUUCAGUAUAUUUGCACAGUAGAUAUGGCCGUCUGUUGCAAUUUUUGUGAUCUGGGUUUUUAGGGAACAUGUUACAAAAUGUCUAUAUAAAAAUAAAAAGUGUUAAUAUAACUAUUCUGAUAAGCCAGAUAUUCCAUUGUCAACACUGCCAUUCAACGUUGACAUGCCUCUCACAAACUAAAGAGCUUUUUUUUUCUUUUUUUUUUUUUCUAAUGCAAAAUAACAAUGAAUAAAGCAACAGGUUUUAUUUUAUAAAUGGCACAUUAUUUGGAUAUUGUACAAACAUGUACUUGACUUUAGGGUUGGUGUUAACUUACUGAAACUGUUUAUAGGUCUCAUCACCUUUUUUGAUGUUAUAAUAAACCAGACUUUCAGAUAUUAUUCUUUCAAUUUAAUCUUUCAAUUAAUUGAAAUGGUGUCAAUGCAGGUUUUGAAUUUCAAAAAUGAACAAAAUGUAGCUUUUAACAAGUUUUUCUUGUCAGUUUAGUUGGGAGAGUGCCUUCAUACACAACCUAUUUGAAACCUCUCUAUAAUAAUGCCAAUAUUUAAAUAUUGGCUAUGGUGUUUGAGCCCCGCCUGUUUUGGCGCGAAACUGACCACUAUAAAAACCUUUGCUUCAAGACAGCGAUCAUCUCGUCUUGAAGCCCUCUACCC